AUGCGGGCACGUCGAACGCUAUCCCUGAUCCUAUGCUGCAUCUUUUCGCUUUCGCCAUCCCAUGCUAGCCCAACCUCCUCCAUAUCCAACAGCACCAACAGCACCAUCAACGCGCUCAGCGGCCCCGCCCUCGCAGUCGACACAGACCAGCUAGCUGUCUUCACCACGCGGAACCAGCAAGCUGGCUGGCCAGUCAUCCUCGGCACUGUCCUACGAGGGGGACCCACGAAUGCCACCAUCAGCUGGUCGUUUCCCCAACUGGGGAGCGUACUGUGUACAGUCAGCGGAGUCGUUAACCAAUCCUGCGCCGGACCAGUGUUAGACGUCAUCUUCCCCUCCGCUGGCUCUUACGGCGUGAGUAUCACCAUCACCGAUGCAUCUACCAACGCGCUCUUCACCACCCAGACGUUCAGCGUCAACAUCUCCACCGGUAAUGCAGUACCGACAGGGACGAGGCGAGAAGUCAGAGACCUGACGACAGGCCAAUGGAGCAGGUUUGUCCAAGCUGCUCAUGUGCUCAAGACCUUUGGCGUGUGGGACCAUAUAGCGAGGUUGCACUCGGCCGCGAUGCAGGACAAGAGUAUGGAGCGCUCUGCUUCACACGGUGGUCCCUCCUUCCUCCCUUGGCACAGAGCCUUCAUUCGCGUCACCGAGUUGUGCCUCCAGACAGCAGGGAACGACAUGAGCAUCACGCUCCCCUACUGGGACUGGACGUUCGACCAGCCCUCCUUUGCCUCUUCCCCCAUCCUCACAGACAGCUUCUUCGGCGGGAACGGCGACCCUUCCGUCAACGGCGCUGUCACGUCUGGCCACUUCUGCGACGCCUCCGUCUCCUCCUGUCCAUCGUCCAGCAAUUGGCCUGUCCCGGUCGAAUUUGGCGGGCCAACACUCCGCCGCACGUUCGCAGCCGACUUGGGAGCAACUAUCUCCACUCAGGCGCAGAUGGACGCGCUCACCGCCGUGGAGUUGUACGACCAGUCUCCGUUUGACGCGAACAGCACGGCUGGGUUCCGGGCAGGCAUGGAAGGGUGGAUACUGGGCGUGUAUGGGGAGAUGCACAACGGGAUCCACCGUUGGCUUGGCGGGCAGUUCUCCAAUGUGCCCACAUCGUUCUUCGACCCGGUGUUCGUCGCCCAUCAUGCGAAUAUCGACAGGCAUUGGUAUGCCUGGCAGCAGGCCAAGGGUUGCGUGGACUGGAAUGAUGGAUGCUAUGCGCCGAUAGACGAUGACCCGCUUGUGAAUUCGUCCACUCCCGGCGCGGCGCAGCUCAACGGGACCUGGCGCAUUCCGGGACACCAGUGGUCGGACCAUAUGUGGCCGUGGGGUAUCGCACCGAAGGACGUAGCAACUGCCAGUAUCUACUCAACUUGGUACACGUACGCAGAUAGAGGAACGCUGAGCACUGAUGCGCCCAUGCCGAUCGUCGCCGGUGAAGGUGCAAUAGAGUUUGUCAGUGCGGCUCCGAAUGGCUUUCUAGAGCAUUUCGUUGUGUUACUUUAUGUUGCCGUGGUUGUAUCAAUAGCUGUAUCAUUCUUGUAG